UGAAAUCUUGGGAAACUGGACUGUUUAAAUGUUGGUGGUCCAUGAAAGAGGCAGAUAAGAAGCCAUGGCACUUCCUUUUCAAAAAGAGCUGGAGAAAUACAAGAACAUUGAUGAAGAUGAGCUUCUUGGCAAACUCUCAGAAGAGGAACUGAAACAGUUGGAAAAUGUUCUUGAUGACCUAGAUCCUGAGAGCGCUCUGCUGCCAGCUGGUUUCCGGCAGAAAGACCAGACUCAGAAAGCAACCACUGGCCCUUUUGACCGUGAGCACCUCCUCAUGUACCUGGAGAAGGAGGCUUUGGAACAGAAAGACAGGGAAGACUUUGUGCCCUUCACUGGCGAAAAGAAAGGGAGAGUCUUUAUCCCCAAAGAAAAACCCAUAGAAAGAAAGCCCAUAGAAGAAAAAGUAACCCUCGACCCAGAACUGGAAGAAGCCUUGGCCAGCGCCUCUGACACGGAACUCUACGAUCUUGCAGCUGUUCUUGGAGUACACAAUUUGCUCAAUAAUCCAAAGUUUGAUGAAGAAAUGCCCAGUGCAAAAGGCGGCAAAGGACCUGUAAGAAAUGUGGUCAAAGGUGAAAAGGUUAAGCCGGUAUUUGAAGAACCGCCCAAUCCCACAAAUGUGGAAGUAAGUCUGCAGCAGAUAAAAGUCAACGAUCCCAGCCUGCAAGAAGUCAACCUCAACAACAUUAAGAACAUUCCAAUUCCAACUCUGAAGGAAUUUGCAAAGGCCCUGGAGACCAACACUCAUGUUAAGAAGUUCAGUCUGGCCGCAACCCGCAGCAAUGACCCUGUGGCAAUUGCUUUUGCAGAUAUGCUGAAAAUAAACAAGACCCUGAAAAGUCUAAAUGUAGAAUCCAAUUUCAUCACUGGAGCUGGGAUCCUCGCCCUGGUAGAGGCACUGAGAGAAAAUGACACCUUGACAGAGAUCAAGAUUGACAACCAGAGACAGCAGUUGGGAACCGCGGUAGAGAUGGAAAUUGCUCAGAUGCUGGAGGAGAAUUCAAGAAUCCUCAAGUUUGGAUAUCAGUUUACCAAGCAAGGACCACGAACAAGGGUGGCCGCUGCCAUCACCAAGAAUAACGACCUGGUCCGUAAAAAGCGAGUUGAAGGAGACCGAAGGUAAACAUCUACAUGAAGAGGCGAAAUUUCACCAUGGCAGCCAUUCAGAAUGAAACAAAUAAAAAUUCUCCUCCUUCUCCAUCGGGACCAUUUUAUUAAAGGUUACUGAUUUCCGUUAACCACACAACUAAUAUUAACUACUAUUCUUUUUUAGCACCACUUAUUUACCUUAGAUUUUUUAAUAUAUAUGAUUAUUUUAUUUGUCUGUGGCACCCAUGGCAACUUACCCAUAGACUCAUGCAGAU